CCGCGCGGGAGAGAGAGAGAGAGAGAGAGAGAGAGAGAGAGAGAGAGAGAGAGAGAGAGAGAGAGAGAGAGAGAGAAUGACUUCCGUCGGUCAGUGUAAGCCGCAGAUGGGAGGAAACGGAAGAUCCCGUGAGGCGGAUCCUUCGAAAGUGCGCCGAGAUGGUAGGUUGGACUCGUUUUACGAGACUAUUGACGCUCCGAAGUGGGUCGAUUUGUCCUCCUGCGAGGAGGAGGCGGAGGAUGUGGAGACAUGGUGGGAUAGUCAUGAAAAAUCUGCUCGCGUGGAGAAUGCCAAUGAAGAUGACGAUGACACUGCUGGGGAGGGGGUGAAGAAGCUGUCGUAUGGCGUGUACGACAUUCAGCUCGUGGAGAAGGCUACGAUUACCGCUUCAUCUGUGAGCGGAAAGUCAACAACUGCGGGGCAAAAGGAUGGUCACGUCGUGAAGCACGGAACAGCAGUGGCGUCAUUAGUAUCAACGUCAUCCUCCUCCUCCCGCACUUCAGCCACCUCCUCUUCAUGUCGCACGCCGUUCUCGCCUUCCACAGCAAACACGAGACUCUCCUACAAUCCUCCUCCUCCUCCUCCGAAGUCGCCCGCAGAGCGCGUUGCGUCUCCAAGUAUCAAGUCAUCGAUAUGCAAGCCUCUCUUUACCUCCCAGACAUCUCAUCAGCAAUCGCCGAAGCCAUCAGUAUCCUGCAUGUCGUCAUCGCCUCUACCGUCCACGUCUUCAUCGGCGCUGCAGUUGAGCCAGAAGAGCGUAGGAGGCAUGCUAAGCAUAGUCGGCGCCAGCGUGGGGAGCAAUGUCGCGGGCACGGCAGUUCGCAAGGAGAGCCGCCCAGUGGGGGGAGCAAUGUCCCGUCUAGGGGGAAGCCCGAGUGCCGCGGCCACAGGGACAGCGCCAAAUGCUUCAUCCUUUGCGCCGCCGGCGGCGUCGGAGCGCGGACGCCCUGCUGCUUCCGCCGCAAUCGCCGCGGCUUCCGCAGCCGCAUCCGCUCAGUCACCUGCGGAGGCGGGGCAAACUGGCGCGUCGCCUGGUGUUCAUCGCUUGCCAGUAUGCGGAAGCAAGCCGCCGACUCCGCCGUCGAUGGGGACUAUGGCGGGGGAGAGUGCGGGGGCGACGGGUAGCGGCGCUCAAGUUGCCCCCGUUGCGCCUGCGCUGCCGGCAUCUUCCCCGGGCAGAUCAACCGAAAUUGGACGUGGUAGCGGCGCUCAAGCUGCCACCGUCGCGCCUGCGCUGCCGGCAUCUUCCCCAGGCCAGCGCAUGAUUGGCAAUGCGCGCCAAAACUCGCCUAGCACGGCGGUGACGGCGGGGUUGGCGACGUCUCAGACCCCGGCGGCGUCGCCCACUGCGCAGGGAAGAUCGGGUUCAACCGCUGCUCGACCGGCGAGUGCCGCCGUGCAAUCGUCUUGCUCCACGUCCUCGUCUCCGCUCUCGUCUCCGCUUCUUUGCCCGUCCCUCCCCCUUUCCUUCUCCGUCAUGCUCAAUCCUUUGUUUGAUUCUCUUGUCGACGGACUAGAUCCUUCCGGAAGACCUAGUUCUACUCCCCUCCGUCCGCCCCCUGUCCCCAUGAACACGGCCUUCGAUGAGCGAGGAGGUCGGCAGCUUCAGCCGUCACCCGUAAUACUUCCACAUCAUCAGGCAAAUGCGAUGCGAGCCAGUCCGUCCUCUUCGCAGCCUCCGUCGCAGAAGGAAGUACUCUCAACGAGUCCAACGGUCGUUCGCCUGGACUCAGGCGCUGCUGUUUCCUCUGGCACUCGUUCCCCCGGAUCGUCCCCGUUCUCUUCCGCGAGAGUGGUCCCCUCCCGAGCACUCGAGUCAUCGUCCGUAGUUUCGCUGACAUCUCUUCAGGAUGUCGUCAACAAGUCGCCGCCAUUGUUAAUACCGAAGCCGACAUCUCUCCUCCCGGCCUCUCCUUGCUCGUCCUUGGCCUCCUCUCUUGAAGGCGCUGACAUAACAGUGAACCAGGCAUCAUCAACGGCACUCGAUUUCGAGGCGGGGCAAGCCACGUCGGCGUCAGCAGCCAGCCUUGGAGACGACGAAGGACGAGAGGGCCGUUUUCUGGCAUCUCGAUGUCCUCCUGCUGCUGCUAAUCGGACUGAAGCAACAACAGGGACAGCCGGGCAAUCCCUCGCCGCGCAUUCCUUAGCUGCUGCUGCAUCCGAGAAGCUGCUGCUCUCUGUUGCGUCUAGCGUCUCGGACCCGAGGACCGAUGCGGCAUAUGCUGGCGUCCCCGCGAAUGCGGCAAAAGCACUCUCUCCUCUUCUUUCUGCGGCGAAGACCGUGGCAAAUGGUGCUGGGGCCUCUCCUCUCUCAGGGCCUGAGAGGACUGCCGCCCUUGCCAGGGCUGCGGCUACCGCUGCCCCAGCCUUGGCCACUGCUAUCAUAGCGAGUGCAUCACGAGCCUCGCUCCAAUCAUCUCCUGCUGCUGCUGCUGCUGCUGCUCCAGCCGCGACUGCUUUGCCGGCCGGCCUUGAUGUCGCCGUCCGUAAUGAUCGUCCUGUCCUUGUCACCCCACCCUCAGAAUUUCCACAUGUCCAUACCCCUUCCACUUCCCCCCCCCCGAGUGCAACUGCUUCUGCCCGUCAUUCUCUUUGCCAGACGAACCUGCCGUGUACGACAUCGAAUGCGCCGCCGCCGGCGAAGUCGCUCGCCGGUCGUGACGGGCUGCAUCACCUGCACGGGGUGCACUGCAGUCGUCAACUUGCAGGCACUCCUUCAGCAGUCACCGUACUCGGGGGGCGAACCAUGCCUUCCCAGCUGUCCCCCCCCGGCCUUGCGCCUGUGAUGGAGGCGCUGGCAUCAAUGACGAUGUCGCCGUCCUCCUCGGGGGGCAACUCCUCGGGGAGUUCCCCGGAGACGGUCAAGCGGCAACGCAUAAGCAUCACCAUGCCGCCUUCUAGAGGGGCGAAGAGGUGCUUAGGUCAGUCCUUCUGCGCGCUGCCCACGGCUCCAGCCAACUGUUCAACUGCUGUCACUUCUUCCGCUCAUGCCUUUCCUGCAUUCCACCAUGGGCCGGGAGCCGUCGCCUCCACUGUCGGGUAUCCGAUGUACAUGGGAGUCCCUCAUCCACCUCCUAAUGCGCAGCAGUACUUAGCCUCUUCAGUAGAAGGCACUGCUAUUGCUACCACCAUGGGCUCGUUUACCUGCAAUCCGUCCACCACCGCAGUGUCGGCGGCAUGCGUUCCCUCAGGAGGUGGGGGUCCAUUUGCUGCAGGACCACCCCCUAGUCAGCUUCCAUUGCUGCCUGGCGGCGGCGGCGGCCACGUGGUCGCCACGUCAUCGUCCGACUCCUCAGCUCCUGGAGGCGCGGGUACAGCAAUCCACCACCACCUCCCCCCAUUCUUCAAGAACUCUCCUUUUGAUCUAAAUCUCCCUUGUUGGUGGGGACCGUCGUCUACCACCUCGCGAUCAAUGGCGGGGCAUCUCUCAUCUGGCAGCACUCUAGAAGCCUCUACAGUUGUGGAAAAUGCGGCCUAUUUGAAUGCUGCCCACUCAGAUCUAAAUACGAUUGUCAAAUCUGUGGAUGGUAGCCACGGUCCUCCAUUUCCCGCAUGGCUGUCGGGCACCUCUGCAGGCCUUUCUCAGCAGCAGCAGCAGCAGCAGCAGCAGCAGUCGAUUGCUUGUGCAUCUCCACACCGGCUGCGAGCGUCUGAAAAUGCGGACGUGUGCGCAUCGUUGGGCAAGUCCGGCACUACGUCGCCAUCUGGCAAAAGCAGUUUUGGAGGAGGAAAGUGCAACUGCCACCACCACGCGAAUUCCUUAUCGGCUUCGCCCUCCUCGUUGUCGCGGUCCUUGUGCUUGUCAACGGUCAGGUCUCCGGGGAGUGAGGGUGUAAUGAGGAAGAGAUGGGGGGCGGUCGGUACCGCGAUCAGCGGUCGUGGUGGUGGGUUGAAUCCAUCCUCCUCCUCGACGCGUGUUGCUGGCAAAAUGCCAGAGAACUGCGGACAGUGCGAAAACUGCAGCGCCAGCCAGAGCAGGUGUGUUGUUGCCCGUAUUCCUUGCUCCUCCAGAUCUCUCAUCCCCGGCCGUGAAAGAGUUGGCGGCGGUGGCGUCGCGGGCGGACGCAGCAGCAGCAGCGGCGGCUCUUCUCGGCUCAAUAUGCGCACCAGCAGCAGCGGUGGGAACAUCAGGAGCAGCGCAAACAAUGGCCGAUGUGCCGUGCAUGACAGCUGUUCCGAUGCUCUCUUCAGGAGUGGGGAUGGGGUUGGGAGUAUCAACACGAGUAACUGCUCUUCGAGGUUGAAUAAUUUGCGCCGCAACGCUGGCAGCGGCAAUAAGAGUGGGGGUGUCAAGAAUGAAUGCGGAUGCGGAAGGUGCCGGCGGGAAAGGACAGCGACAACAACGGUAUGGUCGUCCACCAUGCGGUCGACGACCACUUGGGGUUCAUCACCUACCGGUCGGUUGUCCAAUCAAACUUCAUCGUCAGUGUGUGCGGCGGCAAGCAGGAGUUGCAGACAUAUAAGGCACGUGGCAUCGGGUGCCACCCAGAAUGGCAUGGAGGCCAUGAUGAUGUCAUCUGGGUCAUCUGCUAGACAGAGCUGCCGACUCUCUCGUCAUCAGCAUACCGCUGUUUCUCCCAGAAGCUACCACCGGAGGAAGUCGAUCGUGCCCAUUUCGCAGACGGCUGUCAGGCAGAUGGUUGUUAGAGCGCAGGAAUCAGGCAGCAAGAUGAUAGUACCUAUCGCUGCAAAGAAUAGAGGAGGAGGAGGAGGAGGAGGAGGAGGCGUUUGCAAUGCCUUGGCAGAAAAGAGAGGUAAUCACGUUCUGGUGGACAGAGCAGCACAGCCGGAAGCGGCGGGGGAAAAGGUUGUUGUUGCGUACGUCAACAUCAAUUUGAAGGGGAUUGCGGGGAGCGGUGGAAGGCGGAAGAAAGGCGGCCUCAGGUUGAGGCUAGGAACGUCUCUUUUGCAACAGGGUUUGGCAACCAGGUUCAGUCGAAGGAAGAGCAUGCUGCUGCUGCGCCGCAGAAAGAAGCGAGAAGAGGGGAUGGUGGCCACUGGUAGUAGAAGCAGCUCAACCGAAGGCAAGGACGAAGAGAGCAUCGAGGUUGAGGAGGAGAGAGCAACCGACGACGAUGAAUGUGAAAGGGAAGAUCAACCUGCUGCAGCGAUGAAGGACAACUACACACGGCUUGAUCGACUGGCACAGAUAGAUCCUGAAGCGGCUGCACUUCUCAGAGGGGUCCUGCAGUCCAGUCUUGGCAGGGACGUUCGGCUGGCUUGAGUAAGAUGAUGGAUAGAUGAUUUUGGGUGAUCUGUGUGUGGCCCAUGUGCGCGAUUAGACACGUGUAUGAAACCG